GUUUUUUUUACUGACUUCGUAUUUAUUUAUUCGACAUAUUCGAUGGCGACGCCAGACUACUACACGGUGCUUAAAGUGCCUAACACAGCAUCGCACGACGAAAUCAAACGCGCGUACUAUGCUCUCAGCCGAAUAGUACAUCCUGACAAAAAGACGAGCAUUGUCAAUAACAAUUACAAUAGCAAUAGCAAUAGUUCCAAGGAAUGCGGUCAAUUGGAUGUCGAGUUUCAUCAGUUGAGUGUGGCUUGGGAAAUAUUGGGUGAUGCAGCGCGGCGCAAGGCAUAUGACCAGCGGGUAAAGGCCGUCCAGAAUCGAGCUCUCGGGGUUGUGCAGGACGAAAUUGAUUUGGACGACAUGGACUUUGACGAGGACUCUGGUACAUACUCGUUUCCUUGUCGCUGUAGUGGGCGGUACUCCAUUGCGGAGAGCGAUUUGGAAGCAGGGAGGGAGAUUGCCCCGUGUGUGGAUUGUUCGUUAAAAAUCAAGGUGCUGUACGAGGCCGCCGAUGACAAUGAUGAGUAAAUGCCAUAUUUACAACCCUUUCAAUUCUUGCUUCAUUCGUGGCAUUUUUAUUGCUUUUAUUUUUUGGC